AUGGGACAAGCAGAAUCGAGUGAAGCUAUUGAAGAUUCUGGUGCAACUUUGGAAUUGCUGCUUCCAUCAUUUGAUCCUGUACAAAUAAAUCCUAACAAUUUGGAAAAUUAUCUAACCAUUCAACUUGCUUCCGAUGUUCAUUUAGAAUUUCCUCAAGUAAAGGCUUUAAUCAGUAAUGUUGCAGAGGAGGAUGGAAAAAUUAGUCGAGAAACGAAUAUCAUAGAAGCAAAAGGUGAGGUUUUAGGGUUAUUGGGUGAUAUUGGUGAUCCGUUUAGUUUGGAAUAUGAACAAUUCGUGAUGGAGCAAGCUGAAAAAUUCAAGAUUGUGUUUAUUGUUACUGGAAAUCAUGAAUAUUAUAGGAAUAUUAUAUCGGAAACUGAUCAGAGGAUUAUGGAUAUUUGUAAAAAGAAGGAUAAUCUUGUGUUUUUGAACAAGAGUAGUUUCGUAUAUGAAAAUGAAAGUGGGAAACGAAUUAGAUUUGUUGGUGGGACAUUAUGGACAAAUGUACCAUUGAAAGAAAGAUCGAAAGUCGAAUACUCAAUGAAUGAUUAUAGAAGAAUUAAAACCAACUCUGAGAAAUGUGUAACAAUAUCCGAAACCAUUGAAAUGCACGAAAGGUUGGUUGAAUAUAUUAGAAAGGAAUGUGAAAAACAUCCAGAAGAAACUAUUGCUGUUCUUACACAUCAUUCUCCAUUCAUUAAUGGAACUGUUCUUGAAGAUGAAAUGUUUCUUGCAAGUGGUAUGGCUACAAACUUGGAUCACAUAAUCAAACAACAUUCAAAUAUUUCGUUCUGGGGUUUUGGACACACUCACCGAAAUUCCUUUUUAUAUUUGGACAACCCUCGAGUUACAGAUGGAAAAACAGUUCUGGUCUCCAAUCAAUUAGGUUAUAUCAUCAAGAAGGAGGACACUGUAAUUCCUUAUUCGAAAGAUUUAGUUUUUCACAUCCCAUUAUUAAACAAUCAAUAA